UUUAAUUUUGUAUUGAAAAUAUUCACAAAGAGCUUGCAUAGGCACUUUCUUGGAAUCUUGAACUUUAAAUUGAUUUAUCAUAAGUGUAGUUUUGUGAAGAUUUUAUGUUAUCAAAAUCAUGUCAACUUUUAUAUAUUUCCAAGUACAUCAUUGUUUGCUGUAACCGCCAUUUUCUAUAAGACAUAUUUAUACAAAUUUAGUAAUCGACAAGUUUAUUAAACCUCCAGCUUCAAAUUAACAUACUAUGCUACUAACAUAAAUGUUAUUUUGAAAUAUAAUUUUUUAUGAAGUACUGACAGACUCUAUAUGUCUCGAAAGCCUCGACCGUUUUUCAUAACUGAUCAUCAGCCAUUUUGAUCACAUUCAUAAAGAGUAUACAAGCGUAUUCAUCUUCACAUAUUAUCUUCACAAAGACUUUGCGACUGUCAAUUCCAUCAAACGAUCUCCAAAUCGAUAACUAUUUUCAAGCCUUAUUCAUUAACGCCUGUCAAAAUCUACCGCUCGUCAGUGACACCAGCCCUAAAUAGAUUCCUCAGCGUAUAAAUCGAUACGUCACUAACACAAUCGUUACGAAUUACAUAGAAAAUGUUGGCUAUCGGCAGCAAUUGGAUAUUAGAGUCGGUAUGUGGGUGGAUUUUGAAAGGAGACAUAUAGCGGAAUUUGUUGCGGACGAUUAAUGGAAGGAAGCGAGGUAACGGUCGAUCGCGUUGUUCGGUUUUCAGCACUGUGUUAGCGUGGCCGGAGGUGGCGGCGGUGGCGGAGGCGGAGGCAGCGGCGGCGGAGGAGGUGGCGGUGGAAGCGGUGGCACGGUCGGCGGCGGUCGGCUGAACCUGCACCUUCGUCCUUGCGGAGGCGGCGGUGGCGGCGGCAGCAUCGCCGGAAGUGACAGCGCUUCGGAUUACCCGCCAAGUGCUGCGGCUGCGAGGAGCAGGGAGGCGGCGGCGGCGGCGCUGCACGCGGCAAGAACCCUGUUGGGCGCGGGGGUGGCCAACCCUUGCUCGCCCACCCCCGAACCGCCCUUCUGGAAGAUGCCACAUAAAGAGGAGGACUUGAUGCACGGGGGUGGUGCGGGUAUUGGCGGGGGUUCUAUGGUCGGACAGAACUCAAUAUUUGGGUGCUCGGCUGCAGGACACAGCGGGGUUAACCAGCUUGGCGGUGUUUACGUCAAUGGCCGACCAUUGCCAGACUCUACGAGGCAGAAGAUCGUCGAAUUGGCCCACAGUGGUGCUAGACCAUGCGACAUCUCGCGAAUUCUGCAAGUCAGCAAUGGAUGCGUUUCCAAGAUACUUGGCAGGUACUACGAAACUGGUUCGAUCAAGCCACGUGCAAUUGGAGGUAGCAAACCGCGCGUAGCAACCACGCCGGUCGUUAAUAAGAUCGCCGAUUACAAACGAGAAUGUCCGUCGAUUUUUGCUUGGGAGAUUCGGGAUCGACUUCUGCAAGAGGGUGUCUGCAAUAACGACAACAUUCCUAGUGUGUCGUCCAUCAACAGGGUGCUGAGGAACCUGGCCUCGCAGAAGGAGCAACAGGCGGCAGCGGUACAAGCGCAUCAGGGUGCCGAGAGUGUCUACGAUAAGCUUCGGAUGUUCAAUGGCCAGGCUGCAGGUUGGCCCCCGGCAUGGUAUUCGGCUACACCCUCUCAUCAUCCUCUGGCCACGGGAAUUCCAACGGCAGCAACCCCCGGCUCUGGACAGUCCUUGCUACCGGGCAGCCAACUUCACGGUCGCGACGAUUCCCUGCUCAAACGAAGCGACACCGGCUCUCUGUUGUCGCAUCAGCAGGAAACAACGUCGGACGGCAAUUCCGAGCACAAUUCAUCCGGCGACGAGGAUUCGCAGGUUCGACUGAGGUUAAAGCGGAAGCUGCAACGUAAUCGAACAUCGUUCUCCAACGAACAGAUCGACAGCCUGGAGAAAGAAUUCGAGCGGACACAUUACCCGGACGUGUUUGCACGGGAGCGUCUCGCCGAGAAGAUUGGAUUGCCUGAGGCACGUAUCCAGGUGUGGUUCAGUAAUCGCAGGGCGAAGUGGCGUCGAGAGGAGAAAUUACGGAACCAAAGGAGAGCAGCCGUCGAUCAGGUAGUCGGCGGCGGUAGCAGCGGUGGAAGCAGCAGCACCGCACCCCCGGCUGCAACCCCUGCCACCCCACGGUUACCCUUAAAUGCCGGAUUCAACGCCAUGUACUCGUCGAUACCGCAGCCGAUCGCUACGAUGCCUGACACUUACAGCUCGAUGUCAAGCAGCUUGGGCGGGUCAAUGGGUGGAAGCUGUCUUCAGCAACGCGCCGAGGGAUAUCCAGCGUAUGUGUUCCACGAGCCUCUUCACUCGUUGACGCAGUCUUACUCCCAUGCACACAGCACUGCUGCGCACUCGCAACCCCAUCGCGGUAUACCGACCUCUCAUGGUGGAACCCCCACUACACCCGGAGGACAGCCUGCAGGACCAGGUGGUGCACCCUACCAGCCGACGACCUCGACCGCUACUGGUGUAAUAUCAGCUGGCGUCUCGGUGCCGGUACAGAUCCCCUCUCAAACCCCAGAUUUGACCGGUAACUAUUGGCCGAGGCUUCAGUGAUCCCAGCUCUUCGGGUUCCCGCCCGCGAGCUUGCUCGUCGGGCAGGAGAGCCCGCCACCACCGACAGCCACCCCUGGUGCAGUGCCACGACCGCUCCUGGCGUCCCUAGGGCUACCAACGCAGCCAACACCGCACCAACCAUCGAACACACCGGCUACCACUCCUGUGCACACCUCCGACACUAGUGAGUGAAUCACCGAUCAAUCUCUCUGAACGCUCUCUUUUUCUCAAUUAACGAAGAUGAUGGUUCUCGCGCGCGCGGUUACUCGACGACGCCGACGACGAUCUCUGUUCGUCGCCGUACGACGAAUCGCUGACCUCGAUCACUGCGUUUCACCGCGAACUAUGCGACAACGAAGACACGCGUCCGAUGCUGAAUUUAAGAAUCACGAGAUCAACAUAUUAUAACGAUUAACCCACGAAUGAUGGAAGAGGAUCUAUUGUGACACUGUUAUGCAAAUUUUUAUGUUUUAAUUCGAGAUGAGCAAUUAUGCUUAAGGGAUUGUAUUUGUAGACACCCGUAGAUAGCUAAUUUUUUAAUUUGGAAAUGUGGAAGCUUGACAUUUCUUAAAUUUC